GGCGUGGACGGGCGCGGCGGGACGGAGCCAUCGGAGGGGCCGGUAGUGCCGUGAGACCGGCGGGAAGGAGGAGGAGCAGGAGGAGAAGAAGAAGAAGGAAAGCGGCGGGGUCAGCCCGCUGAAGCCGGGCGGCAGGAUGGAGAAGUACGACGACUUGGGUCUGGAAGCCAGCAAGUUCAUCGAAGAUCUCAACAUGUACGAGGCCUCCAAGGACGGUCUCUUUCGGGUGGACAAAGCUGCCGGCAACAACCCCGAGUUCGAGGAGACCAGGCGGGUCUUCGCCACUAAAAUGGCCAAGAUACACCUCCAGCAGCAGCAGCAGCAACAGGAGAUGCUAAUGGCCACCCUAAACGGAGGGGCCACCUUCAACCCCCCCCGGCCCAGCCCGCCACUAGCACGGGGUGCCAAGCCACCCCCAGCCUCCACCGCUGAGGGACCACGGGCCAGGCCGUACGAUGGAGGGGAGCGUGGCUUCGGCGAGAGCGGGGUGCGUGCCGAGGCUCCCGGGAGCCAGGCCGGGCGCCGGAGCUGGGAAGCGGAGCCGGACAGGAUCCCCAGGGCCGGGGUCUCACGGGCUGGCGUGGGGCACGGGGAGCAGCGUGCUGGCAGUCCCGGUGACCCCCAGCCCUGUGGGCAGCAGAACGGCGGCGAGAGUAGGCGGGGCAGCGGGGAGCAGAGGUCCUCCUCCUUCACACACGCCUGGACCCCGCAAGCACCCUUGGCGGGGACGGAAGAGGGGGCCCCGGGGGCCCCGGCACAGCAGAGGUCCUCCUCCUUCUCAGCCUCCUCGGUGCAGCCUGCCCGGGGCUUUUCAGGCCCUUCUGAGCCCUGCGGUCCCCGGGCUGGAGGAGAUGGCAUCCCUCUGUGGUACCAGGGGGCCCCGCACUCUUUCCCCCCCAGCUCCCUGCCCGCCGCCCCGAGCACCACAGCUUACGCUGGCCCAGCUGGCCACUUCGUGGCCCACGGUCAGAACCACCGGCCCAACGGCAGCGGCACCGGCCCUGAGCCACCGGGCUCCUCACGCUCGGCCUCGCACAGGCCGACAGCUCCGGAUCCUCCACAGCCGCCUUUCCCCGAGGGCAUGAGUGCACCGCGGUCGGACAGCAGGCACCCCGAGAGCUCCAGCACGGCAAAGGUGAAGCUGCCCUGCCAGACACUCCUUCCGCAGCCGGAGCAAGGGCCAUCGGCGGCCGAGCUGAAGCUGGAGGCACUGACCCAGCGCCUGGAGCAGGAGAUGGAUGCUCGGCCGAAGGCUGAUUACUUCGGCACCUGUGUAAAGUGCAGCAAGGGGGUGUAUGGAGCAAACCAGGCUUGCCAGGCCAUGGGCAACCUCUACCACGAUGGCUGCUUCACCUGCGGAGCCUGCAGUCGAAAGCUGAGAGGAAAAGCCUUUUAUUUUGUCAACGGCAAGGUGUUCUGUGAAGAAGAUUUCCUGUAUUCUGGUUUCCAGCAGUCAGCUGACAGGUGUUUCAUUUGUGGUCAUUUGAUAAUGGAUAUGAUCCUGCAGGCUCUAGGGAAAUCAUAUCAUCCCGGCUGCUUCCGAUGUGUGGUCUGCAACGAGUGUCUGGAUGGUGUGCCAUUCACUGUGGACUCUGAAAACAAAAUCUACUGUGUCAGAGAUUACCACAAAGUUUUAGCUCCAAAGUGUGCAGCAUGUGGACUUCCCAUUCUGCCUUCUGAGGGCUCUGAUGAGACCAUUAGGGUUGUGUCCAUGGACAAGGAUUACCAUGUGGAAUGUUAUCACUGUGAGGACUGUGGGAUGGAGCUGAAUGAUGAAGAUGGGCAUCGCUGUUACCCACUUGAUGAACAUUUGCUUUGUCACUCCUGUCAUCUGAAACACAUAGAGAAUGGCACUACCCCAGCAGCUGUGUACCAGCACCACUACUAGCCAGGGUGGCCAAGAUGGGAAAGCCUGGACAGAAGAUUUGUUAUGUGAUCUGCCUCUCCCCAUCCUCAGUUGAUUUCCUGUGCGUGUUUUUCACCAGUUGGCAAUGUUUCUGUAAAAGGCUAUGAGAGAUUUUUGCUGGAUUCCCAGCUUGUGAGUUCCAGCUGUAUCAAACCACGUCUGCUUGACCAAGAAUGUGACAUGUUACCUGAACUGAUCAGUUUACGUUUUUGUGCCUUUUUCUGCUCUGGAGAUUCUUCUUGGCUCACUUUUGGAAGAUUCUUCAGUGAAAGCACAACUUGCUCUCGUGCCUAUGAACUCAGAUUGUGCCAUGCACAAUUAUAAAGCCAGAGGCUGGCUUCCCUGCCUACCUGCCAGGAGCAUCCCACCAGUCUGCUGUGUUUCCUGACAAGAACAUUUCAACAGAUUCCCUAAAGACAGCAACCUGUUAAUACCAGGUUUUAGACACUUUCUUUUUAUUAAUUUUAGGAAAAGAGAAGGAUCUGUGCAAAACGGCACGCUCAGACCUUCCAGUUAAUACCCUGAACUCCUGUAUCAAGUCUGGCUGUAAAAAUACCAACUCUCCAAGCACAAACCAGGUGUGCUGGUUGGCAAGUGGAGGUCAGCAUCCCAUGUCCAGCAGAAGAAGUAACUGGAACAAGCCUAGGCCAAGCUGCCAUGGUGACUUGGGGCCCGUGCUUGUAUGUCAGCGUGAUAUACAUGUCAGCCAGUCUGCUGUGUCUGAAUAGUGGAUUGUAUUUUGAAAAGAAAGGUCAGGAUGCUGAAAGUGUGGCUGCUGGGGAAAUCCAGCCUCAUUCUUGCUUGCAGAGUUUGCUUUGGAAAAAAAAAAGCUCUGCAUACACACAGACACUUGAGUUUUUCGGCUUGUCCCCAUAGCUCAGCCCUUAUGCUGGCCACUCCUUCCUGUGCUGCUUACCCAGCACAAAGCCAUUUCAUAAUGGUGCUUAUUUAGAGCUCUGGGAACAAACUUGAGUUCGUUAUAAAGGCUUUGUUACACAGGGAUUUAGAGCCCAGCUCCACAACCUGUACUCAAAUGAGUAUGUUGGUAUGAACAGAUUCUCUCCCAUGAAUAAUAACAGCUUAUCUGAGCAAGGGGUUAGUGAGUUUGGCCCUUGCUUUCUGUUCUGCUGAGAAAGCAGAAAGGCAGACCAUUUAUUUUUUUGAGCCUCCCCUGCUUUAUAGUCAAAGAGAUCUGCUCCCCCAGUAUGUGUUGCAUGUAAGAUAGAUGUGCCUGCAGUGCAUAUUCUGUAGGUACCAAAUCUGUGCAGUUCCUCAUGGACAGGUACAAAUACUUUGUUGAGAAAAACUUUUAAAUUCACUAGUUUCAGACGCAAUCAAGCAUCUUAGCUGCCCUUUCUGAUACAUUGUGUGCAAAACUGCUUAAAUCUUAAUGUAUCCAUGCUAACGAUGUAAAUUCAGCUCUGAUUGAUAGAGGACAGUAUGGCAUUCUUGAAGAUCUUUUUAGUGAGGAUAUGACAAUAAAUUAGCUGAGCAGUGACGCUGGGAGUCCUGACAUGCACCUGUGAUGGGAAUGCACUGCAGUUCAACCAAACCUCUUUUCCCAUAGCAUGAAUGUAGGUAGAUAGGUGCUUGAACCUCACACCAUGUAGUCAAACUGCCUUGGAUACCCAUCUGGAGCAGCAAGACACCUCUCACUGCCUGUGCUAAUAAAUGCCACAGCCUUCAUUUCCAGUGGUGAAAGUUGCUGUGCUAAGUAUUACACAAGGCACAAGUAUGAAGAACUGUGACCUGUUAGCACCCUCCUACACAUCUGUAUCAGCUUGCCUUGGCUGAAGUGUGAACGUCUGAAACUGCUCAAGCCUUGGGAUCGUGGUGGAUUUGGUGUGGAGUUUCUUUGGGUCUGCAGAUCAUACAGCCUUCUGCCCCAUCCAGCUGUGAGCACCUCCUCUGCCUGUUGCUGCUCUUCUUGAGGACGAGGAUGUUGUGGCACAUGGCUGGAGGUUUGGUCCUGUGCUAGAAGCCAUCCAGAGCCACAGCUUUCUUUGUGAUGCUUGGCUCUGUGGUGCCAUUUCUCCUGGGGACAUGUGACCCCUGAGUGACCAAAAGCUCAUGGGGGGGCGCAGCUUUUCCACUGCAGAAUAUGUGGAUCUGAGACAUAAGUGAUUUGGAGAGUUUUAGCUGUGAUUUUAGAGAAGUAAAAAUUGACCCCAAAUAUGUGAGCUUCCUGGAGCCUUAGCCUCCAAAGAAAUGGGAUAGGAACUGACACAAAAUUAAAUGGUGCUGUAGCCAGGCAGUAUGGAUUGGGGGCACCCAGGACAGAUCCUGCCGUGCUCUCACCCCAGUGUGCAGUGUCAGCUUGUGUCCUGCAGCACAGAUGGGCAUGGCAAGGAAGGGAUGAACAUGGGAAAUAAAGCCAGCUGAGUCUCUCUGGUAAAUAACUGAAAUAGUCUUGGACUAUAACUGAAAUAGUCUUGGACUCCUGAGCUUCCCUUGGGAGUGAAUGUGGUGAGAUAUCUGAGUGGCUUUUGGAAGUGAUCUGGAAGGACCAGCCCUGAUCUGUUUUUCUACUUAAGAGCCCAGGUACUACACAACUCAUGCUUUUGCUAGCUCUAGAUUUUUAGAGCAGCCCUUCAUGCACGUUGUCUGGCCUCCCUUUUGGGAGAUCUGGAAACACUUGUGAGCCCAAUACUUUCUUUUUAAGUCUACAGUAUAAACUACUGUGAAACUCUUGCAGCCUUCCUCACAACCCCAAGGUGAGCAGGCAAGAAGAGGAAGAGGAGAAGGACAAUUUUCCUUUGUGGAAAGCCUCAAGCAGCCUUCUUGUGGAGCUUCCUUUGCAUCAAGGGGAUGUUUGACCUCUGCUCCCAGACGGUGUCUUGUUACUCCUGUCACUCACCCCAUAUCCCUCAGCACUGGGAAAAUGAAGGCUGCCCUACUUUCAGUUUUGAGGUCCAGUAUGAAUUAUUAAGUGCCCAUGCUCUCCUUUCCUGUAUUUACACAGAGAUAGAAAUGGCAAUGUGAAGCUCUUGAAAGUGGAGCAUGCAAGCUGGUGGUUUUGAAUCUGAAGUGCCUGCUGCCUUGCCCUGCUUCCUGAUGUGUGCUAGCUCGCACUGCUUUUAUCUUGGGGAGAGUUUGAAUUCAUUUAAGCUUCUUAUUAUUCCUGCCUUUUCUCCUAGGCUGUAGAGUCCAUGUUGAUUGUUCUCAGCUUGUCCCCAGCUCUGCAGCUGCCUGGUGGUGGGUCUGGUGGAGAGGCGUGGGCAUCCUGCACAGGGAGGGCUUCCUCUCCUGACCCCCCUCCACCAGGCAUCUGUGCCUGCAAGUCCUCUCUGCCUUCCUUCAGGCUGCUCCCCAGAGGGAAAAAAUGGGCAGGCAGGAAUCUCUGGAGCUAGAGGAAGCUUUCUGUGCUCUGCAGAAGAAUUUCAGAAAAUGUGUGAAAUUCUGCCUGUCACCUGGCCGAUAGGCGUUGGGUUUUGCUGUUGAUCCUUGUUGUCUCUUUAUUUAUUAAGAUACUGAAAUGUGCUGUGAAAUGUUAGUCUUAAUUCCUUCCCCAGCGUGCUCUUCUGACUCAUUUUAGGCUAAGGGACCCACAGAAGUCCUAGUGUAAUGACAAAGCAUGCAAAUAGUUAUUCAAGUGAAAUUGCUUUCAGGAGCCAGAGCUUAAUAGUUUUUUGUUGUUGUUGUUCAGAUCAUGCUGAUAAAUUUCUAUUGUUUAAAAUACAGAAACUCACUUAAAUAGGAACGUUUGCUUAGAAAUCAGAGGGAAAACCCCAGUUACAGAAAAAGCAGACAUUUUUCUGUAUUUUAAAGUGUAAUGAACACCUAUGAUCAAAGCGAUUUAGGAAACUGCCCUGAUGUUAAACACAGGGAACAGCAUUCUCAAACACCCUGGUGGGAAGCGUUUGAUGAAGUCUGUGACUUCUCAGUUUCCGAGUUUUUCAUUUAGGGGCUUUGAAAAUGCUUUCACAGUCUUUCAGGGUUUAAAUGAUUUUUUGGUAGAUUUUUUUACUACAAAGUGAAUCGCUUCUUGGUCUGAAAACAGUGGAAUCUCAUCACCAAGAGGUAUGCCAUGGCAGAUAUAGAAGGAAGAAACUGGGCUCAUAAAGAGCUGGCGUGGGUCUAGUUGGCUCUUUGAAAGAAAGGGGUAUCUUUGGCUGAUGUGAAAUGUCUUCCAGCAAAUACCUUCCUGUGCUUUCUUUUUGUAGUGAUUUAUAGUACUGGGCAAAUAUUUGGAAUCCCUGGAUUUCAGUAUUCGGGUCUUUUCAUAAGCACUGCUGCAACCUCCUCCUCUCCCUCCCAUGCAGCCAUACCCCUGGGAAGAUCACAACUGCACUCCUCCUUGUGGAUUUAGUCCAAAUUUUACACUUGUUUACCACUCCCUUAUUUAAGCAACAGAAAAAGCAGGUCCUUGCUUAAAGGGAAGUGGACACAAGCUCCCCAUCUUCACUUGGACACUUUGAUCUGAUCUUCCAAACAACCCAAGUAUCAGCCUGCUGAUGGUCAAUGCAGCAGCAGCUUUGUACUUUGCUGCUGUUGCUAAGAAAAUUGCAAGAGGGACUUGGUCUGCAUUAAACUUGAGGUGAACAGGGAGGCAGUCCCACUGAAACCAGUAAGGCUGCUCACGUACAUGAAAAUCAGUGGCUAUGCAUAGGUCAGUGUUGGAUCAAGGGAAAAGGUGAUUUUAUUACAGACAAGACAUACCUGGGGAUAAAUCUGCAGCAGUGUAAAAUGUGCCUUGAAGAGAUCCCUGAAAUGGAUCAGCAGCUUUCUUAUUCAAUAAAUAAAAAUAUGUACUGAAGCAGUGGGGGUGCAUGGAGUAAGAAUGAUGUGACUUUAAAAUAAAGUAGCUGUGAGGAGUAGAGGGUAGGUGAUUAUAGAUGACAGGAGAGUGCAGCACAGGGGGGAUUUGCUUUGGUUUGUCAUAUACCUGGACAUUUAUUGGAGGGAUUUUUGAGGGGAAGCACACCUGCAUAUGCUGGUUCGGACUGUCCUCCCAUGUCAGCCUCAUCUGCCUGGCCCAUGUCUGCUUUUUCUGUGCCACAUGUGGCACAUGCUGCCUCUCACACCUCUGUGCCUGUGCCAAGUGUCUGUGGAUGCAUUUGGAGCAACCUUCUGUACAUGAGUAAGGACAAGGCAACCCAGGCUUACUACUGGAGAAAUACCUCUGGAGUCAGUACCUGCAGGCAGGGAAGGGAUACGGCCAGAUGCAUGUCCCCUUUCUCCCAUCCUCUGAGGCCAAGAACAUGUGUCCCUGGAAGGGGGUUUGCCUCUCUUGUCACACUGCAUUUGUGCUUUCAUUUUUCUCUUCCUGCACCAUGCCACUCACUGGCUGCAGUGGCACUAGGUGUACUUCUGGGAGCUUAUCAGGCAGGCAUCUUCCUGCUGUGAGCCCCGCUCCCCCAUCCUAAGGAAAAGCCAAAUUAAACUUUUCUGAGCAAUAAAAAUCUUCACCCUGCUUUCUUCCGGGCCACCCAGAAGCUCACGUGGCAAAAAGCAUCAGUAGCCCCCUCUCAGACAAGAGACAGGAAGAAGCUACCCCUGUGUGAAAAUAGGUGGUGUAGAGCCCCGGCAGGCAGAGAUGUCAGGGGUGUCCCACAGUCUGGGUGCAGGGAUGACUGGGCUGAACUUCCCAGCUCCUCUGGCAUCAGCCCUCAUCCCCAUGCAGCAGGUCUGCAGAGCACAGCCAGACAGGGACUCGGGUGUGCACAUGGAUGCUGUGGCUUUCUGUGUCUGGGAAGCAAAUCCAGCGCCUGGCUAACAAUACUGAACGGUACUAAUUAUUUUGUGUGUGUUUCCUUCAAAGGUCGGCUCCAGGGGAGAGGAUUUUAGAGUAUUAUGCUGGCGUAACUAACCUUAGCCACCUGUGAACACAGCCUUCUUUUCUUCUGUGCUGUUAAGUAUUUAUAAAUACUGUUAUUAAAUAAAGCGUGAAGGCUGGCAGAGGGGGGCAAAGCCACUGGCCUGUUGUGAUUUCAGUGAUUAAAGACAAUACUGUAAAGCA